GGCGCGUCAGUCAGCAUCGAGCCGCCGAGUCGGGAGUACGUCGUCGUGUCAUUGGGGGUUAGUCGCGCGGUGCGUGUGAGUGUGUGUCUGUGCGACUGGUCGCGGGGCGUACUUCAAGAGGGUCGAUCUCGCGGAACGUGCUCCGAGAGGAAGAAAGACGCGAAGUGCGGCCGAAGAUGAGUGGGAUGCUGAAGUUGUCGUUGCUGCCGAGGAGUCUGUCCGGAGCGACGGUUUUGAACAAGUUGGGACUGCCAUUCCUCAGCAAUCGCAAGCUGCACCACACACCGGACGGUCGAGCGGCAAAGAUCUCCGAUGCAAUCUCCAAGCAGUAUCCGUUGGUGGACCACACAUACGACGCGGUGGUGGUGGGAGCCGGUGGUGCCGGUCUUCGAGCGGCCUAUGGCCUCGUAGCUGAAGGUUUCAAAACUGCGGUGGUCACCAAACUAUUCCCGACGAGGUCGCACACAGUCGCCGCCCAAGGCGGCAUCAACGCCGCUCUGGGCAACAUGGAGGAUGACAACUGGCAGUGGCACAUGUACGACACUGUCAAGGGAUCGGACUGGCUGGGCGACCAGGAUGCCAUUCACUACAUGACCCGCGAGGCGCCCAAAGCUGUCAUCGAGCUGGAGAACUGCGGCAUGCCGUUCAGUCGAACUAACGACGGCAAGAUCUAUCAACGCGCUUUCGGUGGUCAGUCGCUGAAGUUUGGCAAAGGCGGCCAAGCUCACAGAUGCUGUUGCGUGGCGGACAGAACCGGCCACUCUCUGCUACACACGCUCUACGGCCAGUCUCUGAGCUACGAUUGCAACUACUUCGUCGAAUACUUUGCCUUGGACCUGCUGAUGGAGGAUGGAGAAUGUCGAGGAGUGAUUGCGCUCUGCUUGGAAGACGGAACGCUUCAUCGCUUUCACGCCAAAAAUACGGUACUUGCUACUGGUGGCUACGGACGCGCGUACUUCUCCUGCACGUCCGCGCACACCUGCACCGGAGACGGUACCGCCAUGGUCUCCAGAGCUAAUCUGCCCAAUCAGGACUUGGAGUUUGUGCAAUUUCAUCCCACAGGUAUUUAUGGCGCCGGAUGUCUGAUCACGGAAGGAAGCCGUGGCGAAGGUGGCUACCUGAUAAACAGCGAAGGCGAAAGGUUCAUGGAGCGUUACGCGCCGGUGGCAAAGGACUUGGCAUCACGAGACGUAGUAUCACGAUCCAUGACUAUGGAGAUUAGAGAGGGCAGAGGCGUCGGACCAGAGAAGGAUCACAUCUACUUGCAGCUGCACCACCUGCCACCUGAACAGCUGGCCGCUCGGCUGCCAGGAAUCUCAGAGACGGCAAUGAUCUUCGCAGGCGUCGACGUGACUCGAGAGCCCAUUCCCGUUAUACCCACGGUCCAUUAUAACAUGGGCGGCGUACCGACAAACUACAAAGGUCAAGUACUGACUAGGCAGAAUAAUCAGGACAAAGUAGUACCCGGAUUAUACGCGUGCGGCGAAGCGGGUUGCGCGUCCGUUCACGGCGCUAACCGACUGGGUGCCAACUCUUUGUUGGAUUUGGUCGUCUUUGGACGUGCUUGUGCUAAAACUAUUGCUCAAGAGAAUAAACCCGGUGAAGCGAUCGGGCCUCUGAGAUCUAACUCUGGUGAAGAGACGGUGGCUAAUUUAGAUUGUGUGAGAAACGCCAAAGGCUCCAUUUCCACCGCGGACCUGCGGUUGACUAUGCAGAAGACCAUGCAGACGCACGCAGCGGUCUUCAGAAUGGCCGAGACUCUGCAAGAAGGUUGUCAGAAGAUGACCGAUCUUUACAAGAAGCUCGAUGAGUUGAAAGUAGCGGACAGAUCUCUGAUAUGGAACUCCGAUUUAGUAGAGACGUUGGAAUUGCAAAAUCUCAUGAUUAACGCGAUGCAAACGAUCAUGGGGGCAGAACAGAGGAAAGAAAGUCGCGGCGCUCAUGCCCGCGAGGAUUUCAAGCAGAGAAUUGACGAGUACGACUACAGCAAGCCGCUCGAGGGCCAAGAACCGAAACCGCUCGAUCAACAUUGGAGGAAGCACACGUUAUCGAAGAUCAAUCCAAAAACAGGAGAGGUGUCACUCGAGUACAGACCAGUGAUCGACGUUACGCUUGACCAACAGGAAUGUGCGACGGUUCCACCAGCGAUUCGUUCCUACUAGACUAAUUUUAAAUGGACAAUCGAUCGAUCCAUCAUCCUAGAACUCAUUUCACCGACGAAUUUCAGUCACGCGAUCGUCCCGCGAUUGUAAGUCUAAUGAUCAUACUUAGACCGAUGUAUUCGGAAUCGUCGACGACGACGACGAUUUUUUCGUACUGCUGCUACUUACUACACUACGUGGUAACAGACCUUAAUUUAUUUUACAUACAUACACACACAGAAAAAGAAACAUACAUACAUACACACGAACUUCAUCGUGCACCAAAGUUAAUUCUUGUCAUCGCUUGCGCGCGAGUCGCGAGCAGGAUUAGUGAUCCUUGUAGGAUACCGGUGCCGAGUAUUAUCUUCUCGUGGUCACCCGCAGGGAUGAUUACGCACGAUCCUCGUUCAGCGGAUCGGUGUUCAGUUCGCGUGAAGUAAUAGUCGAAACUAGAAUGAACGGAGGGUGGAGCUCCGGGUAUACGUGGGCCUUUUAAGGAUAGAUGUUUUUGUAAUGUAAGACGUCCGGUUGCAACGUGUUUCUCCCACAGCGCUCAAGAUCUCGAGCACGGUGUAACGUACCAUCGCGUGCAAUAAUACGCUCGGUGAUAGCGCAGCAUCACCGGUGGACUUAGUCGAGCGACGUGUCGCUCAACGUGGAGUCACGAUCAACGAUACGUGUACAGGUUUUCUUAAGAACUUGUGCUGCCCUCGAUAGCAGUAGCAGAGUUUCUAAGUCAACCUCUCGUUUCUUGCGUGCGUCCAUCGUAAAAUCCUUUCAAGGUAUUUGUUCUUAUUUAUAUUUAUUUGUGCACAUGAAAACUGGUAUUUCAUGUUCAUUAUUCUUGCACACGACGGUACGGUUCGAUGCCGUGCUGCUGUACUUUGAUACGAUUGUUGUUUGGCGUUUGUCGCUGAUACUUAUACAUAAUACUGCAGUUUUACCAUCGCGGAAAAUACGCAGAAUCAUGGAAAGAAUUUAUUUUUUAGAUACAUAUUUUCUUGCAGAUUUAUGGAAUUUGCGGAUUUACGGAUUUGCAGAAUCGGUUGAUACAAAGAAAAGUAUGAGUCAAUCUUGUAGUAUCGAAUAUUUGUUGGAAAUGUGAUCAUCUUAUCAAUCAAUCUCUCGUGCUUCAUUUUUUUUAAAGUGAAUCAUGGAAUCAUCAUCAUAAAUAUCCUUUACGCGCAAACAUGAUUAUGAGCACACACUCCUUAAAAGGUUGUGAAACGGUAUGCUAAUUUCGUUGCGGUCGAAUACUUAAAUACUUUACUGAACGAUAAUAUGGAAACAGUAUUAAUAUUAAGUAAUCCUGUCUGAAUAUAUUUUUGUAUACAUAUAUUUAUAUAUGUAUAUAUUUAUGUACAUAUGUCUUUAUUUUACUUUACUUCAGUUUACAAUGCUAGGAAGUUCUUAAGUUUUACUUUAACCUUAUUUUUAUAUUUUUCCUACACCUCCAACUUCUUUCUUUUCCUUUUUCUUUUAUCCUAAUUGUUUCUUAAUCCUACUUCUUUUCCUUUUAUCUUUUAUUCUAAAUAUUUUUUAUCCUAUAGUUGGCAAAUUUCAUCCCUUGGAUUUCUUAUGCUUAGAUUUCUUAUUCUAGACUCUCUUGUCAUGCCUUCCGAGAGGAGUGCGAACGCCAGAAAAUUUUUCGAUUUCUCUGGGAAUCAAACCCGGGACCUCUCGUAUGGUAUAAACUGAGGCCUUAUUCUCGAAAAAUAUCGCAUACGAUAUUUCGAUAAAAAGCUAUAAUAUACGUCACAUGAACUAUAGCUUUUCAUCGAAAUAUCGUAUGCGAUAUUUUUCAAGAAUACGGACCCUGAUGUGCGGUCUACUAUGCUACGCUCGCACUCUUUUAUGUACAUAGGUAUACAUAUAUAUUUGUAUAUAUACAUAUAUGAAAGCUAUACACACUAGAAAAGAGGCUAACAUUUAUGAAUUUGUUAUAAUAUAUGCAAUUAUUUCGCGAAGAAAUAAUUAUAUAUUUAUCUCGAUUUCGCUUGUGUGAUAUCUAAACAAUUAGUGAAUUAUAAUUUUAUUCAUAACAUUUUAAUUCCAUCGAUUAAAACUGUUUCCAUGUUAUCCCUGAUAGCGUAUUACUGAUAUUCGGUAUUUCGUAGAAGGUGAAUUUAAAUAAAAACAUUAUUAAAAACUAGAAUACUGCACAGAGAGAUAUGAAAUACUAUAGUCUCGGUCUGUAAAAAUCGUGCGAGCAUGAUGGACAAAUGUACAUAAAUCGCGUAGAAUGUCAAUAAUAAAGCGUUGAUUACACCUUUUA